CUGGAACACUUUGAAAUCUUGCUCCUCCUGAUCUAUAUCUCAUCUUCUUUACAGAUUCAAUAGAAACAUAUACUUCUCUUCUUUUAAACCGAAAGACAUCAAUUUUCAUAUUCUUCACUCUGAACCCAUCCGAUAACCCUAAAAAAAAAAUCUUUUCUCUGCAUCUCUCUCAUCUGCUAUAGAAAAUGGGGGUUCCAGGAAUCAAAUUUCCCAUAUUUAUGGUAAUUAGAAUAUUCGGAAUUGUAAUAGCAGCUCUUGUUUUCACAUGGACGUUUCAUUACAGAGGAGGAUUGGCUCUCGUCUCCGAUAACAAAGACCUCAUCUUUAAUGUUCAUCCUGUUUUAAUGGUCCUUGGACUAGUGCUCUUGAAUGGAGAAGCCAUGUUGGCAUACAAGACUGUUCCGGGGACAAAAAGCUUCAGAAAAUUAGUUCAUCUUACCAUACAGUGCAUUGCUUUUAUCUUGAGUCUUAUCGGUGUAUGGGCUGCUUUGAAGUUCCACAAUGAUAAGGGCAUCGACAACUUCUACAGUCUUCACUCGUGGUUAGGCCUAGCUUGCCUUUUCUUAUUUGGCAUCCAGUGGGCAGCUGGAUUCCUGACCUUUUGGUACCCAGGCGGGUCAAGAGACAGCAGGGCUGCCUUGUUGCCAUGGCAUGUGUUCUUUGGGAUGUAUGCAUAUGCCAUUGCCAUCGUGACUGCUACUAUGGGUAUCUUAGAAAAGCUUACAUUCCUUCAAACUAAUCAGGUAAUAUCACUCUACUCCACCGAGGCUUUGCUUGUAAACUCUUUGGGUAUUUUGAUUGUUGUUGUGGGCGGUUUCGUUAUUCUUGCCACGCUCACUUCGGUGAACGAAAAACAUGAUGGGCACAGUUACAGGGGACUAGUGGAAUAGAGUUUUCCCUGUAAAUCUCAAUGAGUGAUGUAGUUCUUUACCUAUGAAACAACCGGAGAAUGAUUUCGUUGAUAAGAGCAGAUAUUAAUACACGUCUAUCUGUGGGGGAACAUGGAAGU